UGUGUUUGUGUUUGGUGGUUUGUUGCAUCCCAAGGUUGUCAUGACAACGUAAACAAUAUUUUUCCGUAUUAACGUUUAUUUAACAUAAAUUAAUACAUUGUGAAUAUUGUGUAAAAUGAUCCUUUCUCGAUCAAAACCAGCCACAGAGAACCGCACCGGCAGCCAUUCCGCUAAGAAGAAUUUCCCAGAGUUUGAAGAUUUCAUAUUGAAAAGGGAUUAUGUUGGGGCCAUAACUUUGCUUGAAUUCCACAAACACGAAGGCAGAGAGGACGUAUGGCUCGAGGUGUGGACGGCGUGGUGCUGGUUUCACCUGGGCGACUACCGCCGUGCACUGGAUCUAUAUCUACAGCUGCAAGACCGGGAUAACCUUGACACCCGCAUUGUUGACAACUUACCCAUCGAUCUCGCUGUUUGCUAUUUCUAUUUGGGUAUGUACAAAGAAUCGCAGGACGCACUAGAAAAUGCGCCGGAUUGUGCACUAAAGAACCGUCUACAGUUGCACUUGGCACACAAGCUGGGUGACGAGGAGGGCCUGAUGGCGGCGCACGCGGCGCUUAGAGAUGUGCCCGAGGACCAACUCAGCCUUGCUGCGGUGCACUACCUGCGUGCUCAUUACCAGGAGGCUAUUGAUGUCUACAAGAAGUUAUUGCUCGAUAGACGAUAUAAAAGAUACCAGACUGAUGCAAUUGAAUGGAUUAAAGUACUAGCUCAUACAAACUGCACGUACCUUGCUCUGAACGUGUACGUGGCUCUUUGCUACUACAAGCUGGAUUACUACGACGUAUCGCAGGAAGUCCUGGGCGUCUACCUCGCGCAGCAUCCCACCUCUACCGUCGCUGGCAACCUUAAAGCUUGCAACUUGUUUAGGUUGUAUAAUGGUAAAGCUGCAGAGAACGAAUUGAAGCAGAUAUCUUCAGAGCAGCACACCUUUGGACAGGACCUUGUGAGACACAAUCUCAUUGUGUUUCGCAACGGGGAAGGCGCUCUGAAGGUGCUCCCUGAGCUGGUGGACGUGGUGCCGGAAGCUCGAUUGAACCUGGCGUGUGUGAGGUUGCGGCGCGGCGAGGCGCUGGAGGCGCGCGACCUGCUGCAGCCGGUGGAGGCCAGCUCGCCGCUGCACUACAUACUUCGCGCUGUCGUCGCUGUCAGGCUCUACAAUGAAACUGGGGAUGAGGAGCAGAUGAAGUUGGCACAGCACAACUUUCACCUGGUGGGCAGCUCGGCAUCGGAGUGCGAUACCAUCCCCGGCAGGCAGUGCAUGGCCUCCUCAUACUUCCUCGCCGGACAGUUCGAGGAGGUCCUCGUCUAUCUCAACUCCAUCAAGAGCUUCUUUGUCAAUGAUGAUACUUUUAAUUUUAAUUAUGCUCAGGCAAAAGCUGCCACCGGCUUCUAUCGUGAAGCUCAGGAAUGUUUAUUGGCCAUUCAGGAUGAAGAAAUACGGAGCUCUUUCACAUUUCUGUCAUUCUUAUGUCGAUGUCAUGUUAUGAACAAGGAGGCGGAUCUCGCCUGGGAUAUUUGUUCCAAGGCAUCGGGCACUCCUGAUGGCUUCGCUCUUCUGCAACUCGUAGCUAAUGACAGUUACCGUAUGGGGCAGUUCCUUGUAGCGGCGAAAUGUUUCCAAACACUCGAUCGGCUGGACGGUGGUCCCGAGAUGUGGGAGGGUUUGCGCGGCGCGGUGUGCGGAGUGGCGCAGGCGGCCGCCGCGGGCAAGGCGGGCGCGGGCGAGCUGCGGGAGGCGCUGGCGUUACUGCGCGGACCCCCCGCGAGAAACCCAGCGCGCCCCGCUGCGGACCACAUCGCGCGCACCAUCACCAAGUGGGCGCACCAGAACAGGAUACCGGUUUGAACUGAACGUAGCUGGAACGAACUGUAAACGAAAAAUUAAGCCUAGUUUACAUUGUUCCAGUCCAGCGAUAAAAUCUA